AGCUCUGAUAUAUGAUCUUUGUAUAAUUGUUAAAUGUUAUAUAAUACCAGCAGUUUAUUUACAAGUCUACAAACUGUCGGUAAUCAUAAUGUGGUGCAGUAACCAUCGAGGAAUAACAUACAGACAAAUUCUCUUAAAAAAUGGAACGCGACAUUUAAACAAUCUGGUCUGGCUCAAAGUCCAGUGACAUCCUAAACCGAUUGGGAAGCUCGUGAUGAUUGGAUGGCAUUCCCUGUUCUAUAAUCAUCCCGGAUGUGUUCCUGGUUUGUAAACAGUUCGCGUUACAUCAACAGGCACUGUGACCUCAAGAGUUAUUUUUAUAAAACGGAUAUAGUGAAAGUGGUAAAUCCAAAUGAUAGGAUAUACUCUUUUAGAGAGUGAAUAUAAACUUCAGUCAUGUUCGCAAGCGGUUCACCAUGAGUUUAUAUUAGCAGAGACUGUUGGACAUUGUGCCCUAUACAUUAAGUUAUAAGUACAGAUGGGUGUGGUGCACAUGGUAUGGUAUGCUUACCAUCGCUAAAUCACUUGAUGACCUGUCUCUAAGAUGAUGAAGGGGUCGACCGACAUUCGCCAUUGAACUUUUAAAAUCAAUAACUGGAGAAUAGACGAAUAUAAAAUGGCGAUCUCGUUUGUUCUAUUGUUACUCAUAUCCAGCACUGAUUUAGUGAUUGGUCAAUCAUCGGAAUUUUUGACCUGUGCCGAGGAAUGCGAAUCUACCAACAACAACUAUUGCAACGACUGCUGUACGUUUGACUUCAGUGCGUUGACAUAUUUGGAAAUUGAUGGAUAUUGUGGAAAUCCAGGGACCGGUCGGAUUCGGUACAACAAUUCGUCUAGUUCCGAUCCGAAAUACGCCCUGGAAUGGCCUGAUCGUUGUUUGACUGUGGUUCCUGAAAAUGUCUGUGAUUUUCCGACGAUACAUUAUAUAAACUUUGAUAACAAUAACAUUAGCGAAAUACCCAAUUUAUCGUGUUUAAAACAAUUGGUAUAUUUAAAGUUAAGAUUCAAUCAAAUUCAAGUUCUAAAAAGGGGAAUAUUUGGUUCUUUGGACAAGCUACGAGUCAUUUAUUUAUCUGGAAAUAAAAUUCAUACGAUAGAGACCGGCGUUUUUCAUACUGGAUUAAAUAGCAUUAAGUUUGUGCAUUUGGAUUAUAACAGAUUAACCGAGUCAGACCUUUGGGUUUUAAACAUAACCCACGAAUUCUGUUACUUCGACGUUAUGCAUAAUGAAAUAAGUAGAGUCACCAACAAAGCCAAUUUUAAAAUGGACUUUGAUAAAAAUUACGGGCCCGGCUUCUAUGAUUUAAGGUAUAAUAAGUUUGAGUUAUUCGACACUGCGCCAUUAGAAACAAUUGGUCAUCCGUUUCUUAGGGUGCUUAGUAAACUGUUUCCAUGGGGAUUUGACCUACGCAACAACCCUUGGCACUGCGAUUGUCGCAUGCACCCGUUGCUGUCAAUAAUUGACAAUUUGAGGGAACGUAUACCGCGAGAUUAUUUAGAUGUCACUUGUGCCAGUCCCGCACAUUUAACGGGGAUGAUAGCCACGUCUAUAGAUUUGUCUGAUUUUGUGUGCAAUGUCACGGAAUCGUGUCCUCCGGGAUGUUUAUGUCAGAAACAACCACAAGCCAACAGAAUGGUCAUUGACUGUCAGUAUGCCGGACUUUCAAAAAUGCCAGAACAUUUACCUUUUCAUGAAAACUUAUUUCUGAACUUCCAGAACAAUUUCAUUGACAACUUAACAGCACUUCCUUAUAUGGAGAGAACUGUUCAACUGGACUUAUCACAUAAUAAUUUAACAAAUAUACAACCGGAAGUAUUUGCCAGUUCUGUCGAUAAAUUACAAUAUUUAAAUCUAGCCAACAACCGACUGAAAUAUCUUCCAAAAACUAUCCAGAACUUAUUAUCCACGGAGAUUGAUCUUUCUAAUAACAUGUUAAUUUGUUCAUGUGAUAGUUUGUGGUUAAAUAGUUGGUUUGAAUCCAAACCUUACAUUAAAAACAGGCCUAAUAUAACGUGUUCUACAGCUAAUGGCGAUCAGAGAAUAACUAUUGAUAAUUUACAACCGGGUGUGUUUAACUGUCGGGGAUCUAACUCUGUGACUAUUAUCAUUGUGUUGGUUAUACUUAGCUUUCUAGUCAUUGUUUUAAUUAUUGGAAUUAUUUACUUCCGGUUUGAGAUAAUGGCGUCAUAUCAUAUUUAUAUUUUGCCCAAGAUAAAAUCAAAAUGGACGCAGGAUAUUCACGAGGACGAGCAGAAACAACACGAUAUAUUUGUUCUAGUAAAUGAUGAACAUGCUCCCGAUAGAUUGUGGGUUAAAGACAAUCUUAUUCCUUAUUUGGAUCUAAAUUUUAUUAAAUCUUACAUCUCAUUCCGUGACGGUAUUAUAGGGGAAGUAACUUCUGAUGCUAAUAUAACCAAUAUGCAUAACAGUCGCACCGUUCUAGCCGUUAUUUCAAAAUCCCUUUUUGAGGAACCCUUGAGAGUGUUUGAAUUAAACGAAGCCUACUGUCAUAAACUGAAACAAGGGAAAGGGAAUCUAGUUCUUAUUAAACGUGAAGAAUGUGGUCCAUCAAGUAAAAAAGGACAUAUCAGCGCCAUGCUGCGAUUAAAGCAGUUUAUUGACGCCAGUGAUGUUCGGAUGAAAGAAAAAUUAGAACGAAACAUCAGAUAGAAGACUAGGCGGAGUCUAUUGAACGUUGUCAUUUUUUGAAAACCGAAAUACGCGUAGGGGCCCCAAUCUCAGUUGUAUAUUGCACCGCAUUAAUGGACAUGUUUUCGUUGAAGACGAUAAUACGCCUUCUCGUAUUAUCAGCACGUGGCAUUUCUUCGUUUCGUUGUGAAUUUUACGUUAGUUCUAAUUUUCAUAGUACAAUAAGAAAAAAAAAUACUCGGGGAAAUAAAGGAAUCCCAAUCAUUAAGUCCCAUUAUCCCAUUGUAGGAGAAUCACAGCCACCGACAUAUCUUAAUCAAGAAUUCCACUUGUCUCAGCAGAAUUUGAUGCAUGAAUUGAUGGCCAAUUCUAAACUUGAACUAUUCUUUUUAUCAAUAUAUUUAUAUGUUUUAUGCAUAUUAUAUUUUGUUUGAAGUGUGUGUUCAGAAAGUUUAUCGGGAUUUCCGACGUUGUUUCCCCUUAUCAGUUGUGCAGUGUGGUGGGCCUAACAAGGACAGCUGUCUAGUCGUUCGGAUGGGACGAAAAACAGAGGUCCCGUGUAUACAUUGACGUGCACGUAAAAUAUUCCUUUGCAGUUGGCAUAUAUGAGUAGGUCAUUGUGCCGCUGCCCAGGCAAAAUUUCCCUGAUAGCACACUGUAUGGCGUAUGCCCGUCUUCAUUAACCCAGUUCGGAGCAGAACAGGGGCGUUAAACCCCAUUUCAUUUCAUUUUGUCUGCAUUGAUGUCCAUCGAAAUUUGAACCAGCUUGUUUAUAUUUAAACACAUGUUUGAUUUAUUUAAACUUAAAGGAUUAUUUUAUGAUACUACUGCCAUUAUUUAUCAAAAACAAAAUAUUGUAUAUAAGCACCUUUGUGUUCUUUGUGCCGUGCUUGAAGCAUAUCAUGAUUUAAAUAUCUUUCUUAAAGGACAAUAUUAUCUGUUAUUACUCGUCACUUCAGUCAGUUAGAUAGAAGGAUAACUCGUGUUUUCCUUUUGCUUUCGUCACUUCCGUUUCUUAAACUCUUCUUUGCGCAUCUAUUUGGAACGUGUUUAACCAGUUCUAUCACAUAUGUUGUAAUGACUGACACCAAUAUUGUCCUUUAAGUAUCAUUUGUACACGUGAUUUGACGUGGUCUUCCUUACUUUGUCUUUUGCUUGCCCCAUAUCUUUAUUUAAAUGAUUUUUAUGUACACGUGAUUUGUCUUUUGCUUGCCCCAUAUCUUUAUUUAAAUGAUUUAUAUCUACACGUGGUUUGACGUGCCCUUAAUUUGCUUUUUGUUUAUGCCAUGCUUGCCCUAUAUUUUGAUGUAAAUGUUUUAUUUUGUACACGUGGUAUGACAUGCACUUACUUGCCAAUAAAUAAUAAUAAAAUAAUAAA